AUGGAGAGCUCUGCCAAGAUGGAGAGCGGCGGCGCCGGCCCGCAGCCCCAGCAGCCCUUCCUGCCGCCCGCAGCCUGCUUCUUUGCCACGGCCGCGGCACAGAGCGCGCAGCAGCCUCCGCCGCCGCCGCCGCCGCCGCCGCAGCUGAGCCCCGCGGCCGACGGCCAGCCCUCAGGGGGCGGUCACAAGUCAGCGCCCAAGCAAGUCAAGCGCCAGCGCUCUUCGUCUCCCGAACUGAUGCGCUGCAAACGCCGGCUCAACUUCAGCGGCUUUGGCUACAGCCUGCCGCAGCAGCAGCCGGCCGCCGUGGCGCGUCGCAACGAGCGCGAGCGCAACCGUGUCAAGCUGGUCAACCUGGGCUUCGCCACCCUUCGGGAGCACGUACCCAACGGCGCGGCCAACAAGAAGAUGAGCAAGGUGGAGACGCUGCGCUCCGCCGUCGAGUACAUCCGCGCGCUCCAGCAGCUGCUGGACGAGCACGACGCGGUGAGCGCCGCCUUCCAGGCCGGUGUCCUGUCGCCCACCAUCUCCCCCAACUACUCCAACGACAUGAACUCCAUGGCCGGCUCGCCGGUCUCAUCCUACUCUUCGGACGAGGGCUCCUACGACCCUCUCAGUCCCGAGGAACAAGAACUGCUCGACUUCACCAACUGGUUCUGA